GUGACGCGAACAGACCCAUAUAUUAUGAGAGCCGUUCUUUUUGGAGUCUUUGGACGCUUAUGCGUGAUUAUGCGCUGAAAGUAUUAUUAUUUUUGCUAUUGUAAUAUAAAAAAUAUAAAUAAAUAAAAUGACGAUAAGGUGCGUAAUAAAAGGCUGCCCAAACAUAUAUAAGAAAGGAUGUGGCAUACAUUUUUUUUCAUUUCCUGUAAAGAAACCACAACAAUUAAAGCGAUGGAUAAUGGCAACAGGGCUUUCUAAUUGGCAACCAUCUACAGCAAGCAGAGUGUGCAGUUUGCAUUUUAAACCAUUAGAUUUUGUGGAUACACCUUAUACGACACAAAAAGUUCUAAAGACUGAUGUAAUUCCAACAAUAAAUGUGGCAUACUACAUAGAAGAAGUAGCAAUAGAUCCUCUAAAUGAUUUGCAAAAAGCAAUUGAAAUGCAAGAAAAAUGUACAAGAUUGGACAAUGUAGAAACAGUUCAAGCUCAUAAUGAUGUUCAAUCUAAUUUUGUGAUGACAGAAACAAGUACAAAUGUAAAUAUCAGAAAGAGGAAAAUAUGUGAGUGCGAAGCAUAUCUUGUAAAGAUUAGAAAACUUGAAGAAGAAAAUAAGAAAUUGCAAAAAUUACAUUUAGACCAAAUUGAUGAACAUAAUAAAGAGCUUGAGAAACAACAAGAAAUAUUUCAAGUUUUACUUAAUAAAGAAAAAAAAGAAAUGAAAAAAAGAUUAAAUGCAAGCAAUUUAAAAUGUAAGCUGUUGAUAAGAAAAAAAAACAGAAGAGAGGAAAAAAUAACAAAUAUGUCUAACUUGCUUACAACUCUAAAAAAAAAGACAAUUAAUUAA